GCAUCAGUGAUUACUAUGAUGUUUAUGAUAAGGUCAAGUCUCUUAGUGUUCACUGGAAGUCAAUGGCUAUAUCACUGAGACUGCGAAUGAAUGACAUCAACAGUAUAGAAGCUACCCAUCGGGGAAACCCUCUCUCUUGUCUACAGCAGAUUCUUGAGUAUUGGCUGAGAAAAAACUACGACUAUGAGACUCAUGGUCCUCCAUGUUGGAGGAUCAUGUGUGUAGCUGUUAGAGAAGGAGGAGGCAACCCAGCACUAGCACAAGAAAUAUCUCUUAACCACUUGCUACCAGUUGCUGAGGGUGCGACUGAAGAUGUUUCUCCUAUAAAAUCAACCGCUUCAAAAGGCACCUCAAUUUACGUUGCUUCUGAAAGAAAUUUUUCACUUCUAAAUAAAAUAUAUAAUCUCCAGAAAGAGUUUGCUGAAGCUAUUCGAGUAACAAAAGUAUCAUUCAAGCCAAAGCUCCUUCUUCAAAUUAUUGAGUAUCUCAAAAGUCACAUAGUUUCUUUAUUGGGCCCCCCAAAAAAUAGCCAAGUUGUAGUGCAAGCAGUUAGGGAAGAGUUCUGUAACUGUAAAAGUGUUGAAGAUCUUUUUACAAUCUUGCAAGAUAAAUACAUAUCGUGGUUCAACUAUGAAAUAAUUGUUCGACUCGUUUCUGUUUUUCUGAGGAAGAAAAAGUCGCUAAAAAGAAUGUGGUCAAUGUAUGAAGACAAGUUAAAGGACUAUUUCAUUAACAGUGGUGGUUUACUAAAAGAUGUUGAUGCUGUACAGUUUGGUAUAAUGGAUGCUCCUCCUGGUACACGAGUCAUGAUUGCUAAAGUUGAGCGAGAGGACUACACACUAGCAGACCUUUUUUUCUUUCAGAGAGCAAUACCACAAGAGCUGGAUAUUCCAGAGAUGAGGUUAUAUUUCUCAUUUGUAACCAUUGGCUCUCUUCACUUGCAUUAUCUUAUUCCUGAGUAUCUUUAUCUUUUGCUGUUUCCUCUCACUGAAAAGCUACAGAAGCAGUUAGCUAGUAUUGGCAUCGCUGAGAUUACUUGUGACAAAUAUGUGUAUGAUUUGAAGGAGCUCAUGGUGUCUCAAGAAAUUAAGCAUUUAUUGACUAAAAUUGAUAUUUGCGAUCCACUAUUGUAUGAGAAUACCAGCACUCCACUACAUGAUGCAUGCUGGAGAGGAUUAGAAAAUGAAGUUCAAUGGCUUAUUGACACAUUUAAAUAUGAUACUUUCAGUCAGUCUAGUCUUCAUGGAUGGACUCCAUUGCACUCUGCAUCAUAUGGUGGGCACCUUGAGCUCCUUCAACUACUCAUCCAUCAGUAUGGCUGUGAUCCUAAUGCGUCUGAUCAUAAUAGUGUAUCCAUACUGCACAUGGCAUCUUAUAAAGGUCACAUAUCAAUAGUUCAAUAUUUGAUAGACACAUGUCGCGUUCCUCCUGAUCAACCAGAUGAAAGCAAUGUCACAGCAUUACUGUACGCAGCAAUUGGUGGUCAUUCUGAUCUGGUGGAAUUUUUUGUUAAUUGUAAUUGCAACACGUCUCAGGUUAAUUUUGCAGAUGCAUCCUUAUCACUUUUAGCCUGUAUGAGCGGACAGGUAGCUUUAGUCCACAAACUUCAAGAGUUAGGUCUUUUUUCACCAAAUGGUAAAAGUAGUUUGGACACCAAUAUAUUACAUUAUACCUGUCAAUCUGCGAAUGAUAAUUUGGAACUUUUUAAGUACCUAUUAUCUCAAUAUCGGAUAGCCAUUGAUUCAAGAGAUCGAUAUGGAAGAACUCCACUUCAUACUGCUUCAAUGUUUGCUUCAUCAGAUAUUGCUAAUUUUAUUAUGAAUAGAUCUACUCAACUAAUUGCUAAUCCAAAUAAGUCGUAUCUACAUUAUGCAUCUAAUGCAGGCAGUAGCAUUAAAGGUGGAAAUGUGUAUUGUAAACUUGUUUCACCACAUGAUGCACCAAUUGUUACUGUUAUUAAUACUACUAGCGUAAAAAGAAAUGUCGAUUUUUUCAAAAGCAAACAACGAUUGCAUUUGCUCUCUUCUUUUCUCAAAAAACAUCUGGGAGUGGUAAUACAUUGCUUGUUAAAGUAUUGCAAGAAUAUGGUAUCAUUUCUUCAUUAA